AUGGCUGUGGACAAAAGCAUGAAUAACAGUUUGUGCAUUACUGAAUCAUUACAAGUUUCUGGGGGCAGGAGGACAACAUUUAUGAGGAAGUGGAAAAUGUGGGAGCAUGUCAGAGACUUUUUCCCCGUCAAAUUGGUGAAGACAGCCGAGUUGAAUCCGAACAAAAACUACAUCUUGGGCUACCAUCCACAUGGCAUCAUGGGCGCUGGAGCGUUCACCUGCUUCGGCACAGAUAGCUGCGGAAUCUUGGAGGCGUUUCCUGGGAUUCGACCGACCCUGGCUGUACUGUCCGGGCUCUUCAGGAUACCAUUCUUUAGGGAUUACAUAAUGAGCGCAGGCCUUUGUCCAGUCAGCAAACAGAGCCUUACCCACCUUCUUACGAAGAGUGGCAAGGGAAAUGCAGUGGUGAUUGUGAUAGGGGGCGCUGCUGAGUCCCUGGCCUCCACUCCUGGAAUUAACACAGUGCUUCUGAAGCAGAGAAAGGGAUUUGUCAGGGUGGCCCUGGAGUUUGGGGCGGAUCUGGUGCCUGUUUACGCCUUUGGGGAGAAUGAACUCUUCAAGCAGGUGAUUUUCUCGGAGCGAAGUCUAAGUCGCAGGCUACAGGACCUGUUUAAAAACAUUCUGGGUUUUGCCCCAUGUCUAUUUGCCGGUGAGCACUUUGUGAUCCUGCCUUACAGGAUUCCAGUCACCACUGUGGUGGGAAGCCCCAUCCCAGUCCCUAAGCGGGUCGCACCUACCAAGGAGGAAGUCGACCACUAUCACAGAAUUUACAUCGAGGCCCUGUGCAAGUUAUUCCACGAACACAAGGUCAGCUAUGGCCUCCCUGAGAGUCACAAGCUGCGGAUCAUUUAGACAUUUGAAUUGCCACAUGAACUGGGUAGCUGUGUUUUUAUUUUCUGCUUUGAUCUGAUGACAGGAAGUACCUGUCUUCGUACUGUAAGUUCUACCUGAAUUUAAAAGUUAAGAACAAA